AUGCAUCAAUGCCUUACAUGUCUUCCUUACUCAGUUAAGUCAAGGGAUACCAACCUAUGUGAGAUUGGCAUUGGUUUUGUUGAUGAUGAUCAUUAUAUCCUGGUUCAUUUGUCUUCAAGUCAUCCUAUGCUACUGGUUUCUAGGAUGUGGCAUGAACAAAGUGACACAUGCAAUGUAACACAUUUGUACUCAAGGUAUGAAGGUUCGAUUUAA